CAGUCACUACGGGGUUUUGAGCAAAUGUCACGCCGUAGACAUUCUUAGCAAAACUUGUCUGGGACUUUACUAAUUCACAGAGCAACAAAGUGGUGCUCAUGACUGCGAUGCAAAGCAGGGCUACUUCUGCAGACGGGUGGAAAGUCCUUGCAGUUGUAGACGUGGCACUGUCCUGUGGAGAGAAGCCAGGCUGAAAUGUCAUCAGGUUCCACCUCAGCAGGUGAGAAGGAGACUUCCAGACAGGAGACUUUCCUGCACUUUUCAUGGUUCAAGACUCUGAGGACUUGCUGGAGGUCUCGCUUCAAGGAAUGUGAGAGGACGGAGCAGAGAGAGCGUCCAACACGCGACAGAACACUCAUGGAGUUGUCUUCAAAAUGGUUCAUUGAGACUCAAGUGGCGCACUUUGCUUCAAACGGUUUCUUCCCCGCCUGGUUUGGGGGUUUCAUCACCAGAGAAAAUGCUGAAGCCAUGUUGACAGACAGAGAGCACGGCACUUUCCUCAUCCGUCUGAGUGAUCGAGUCAUCGGGUACAUCUUGUCUUACAGAGGCAGAGAUCGUUGCCGACACUUCGCGAUAAGCCAAAGUAAGUCGGGACACUUCAUUGUCAGUGGAGACACCAAGGGACACGGCACAGUCCCGGAGCUAAUCCAGCACUACAAGACCAACCCCAUCGAGCCAUUCGGAGAGUACCUCACGUCUUCGUGCUUUGAGACACCCUCGGACGUGGUCUAUGACGUGAUCCAGCACAUGUCGCCGCCUGGCAAGACUGAAGAGAGUGUGCACAACUCUGAUUGUUUACUCCCAAUGAGCAAAAGAACGCUUGAGGAAGUGCCGCCAUUGCCGAGGAGAGACAAACAACUCCUGGCUGGCUCCCCCGUCAGUCAGCGGGACAAGGGGCUGUAUGCUAAGAUCAGAAAGCAACCCACCAGGCCGCUUCAGAGUACUCAUCAACACGUACCAAGGAGGCUUCAAGGAGGCCCCAGAAAUUGUCGUCCUGUGUCUGCACCAGACACCGUGUACUCUAUGGUCGGCGGUUCUGAUGAACUGCACACCAGUCCAAGAACUACGAGGCACCUACCACCUGAGAGGACGGACCCAUUCAGAACACCCCCAAGGACUCUCAGCACCGACCGCCUGAGUGACUACGCUGCCUACUUCCUGGCCGGGACCCCUGGUAGUCCUCACACAGCGUGCAUAGACACCACCACGUCACACGCGCUCAAUCUUCACCGCCGGGACCCCGUCUACACCGACGAUAACACCUACGAGGCCAUUCCUGGGAUCGCAGAGACAACCGGCUUCAAACCCAACUGUAACACCUACGAGUCACUGUAGGACGGCGGUCGCCAACCCGUCGAUCGCCAUCGACCAGUCAGACCAGUGCAAACAGAAGGCCUUGAGACCGUCCUAUAUUCCGGUCAAUACAAUAGUUUGUAUUGUUGAAGAUUUGGACAGGUUCUAUAAUUCGUACAUAUCCUGUAGAGGGGACAAAAGACAAGACAGGUUCUAUAAUUCGUACAUAUCCUGUAGAGGGGACAAAAGACAAGACAGGUUCUAUAAUUCGUACAUAUCCUGUAGAGGGGACAAAAGAAACGUCUGGUUACACCAAGCCGUGCCUUUAUGUUGGGUUUUGUUAGUGUUCUCCGGUGUUCCUGUCCUUUGCUUUUAUUUUGGCGGCUCUUCCCGUUUUGUUGGUGUUUUCCUGUGGCUGCUUCCCUUUUGUCCCAGAGCAUUUCCCCUCACCUUUUUUCUGUUUGCAAUCAAGACUAUUUAAGUGGCUCCUUCUUCGUUGUCGGGACAUUGUGGAUGUUGAUGUUGUCCUUUCAUUGGACUACAGAGGAGCUUGUUGAUGCUAAACCUAACACGCACUACUUUGUGGACGCCAUCAGCUCCACAUUUCCAGUUUGUGCUUUGCUUGGUUUCAGCAGUUUUGUUUUGUUUUAUUUUCUUCAUAGUCUGUCCGGGCAGAGCCCUUCUUGUUGUUUUGGUUCGUUAAUCCUAACACAUACUAGACAACUUGUCUUUUAGUAGUAAGUAAACAAACAAAGACUCCUAAUUAGUCUGCUGACGUAUGCAGUAACAUAUUGUGUCAUUUAUACACCUAUUAUUUUGUCAACAUCAUUAAGGGCAAGUGGUAGAAAAUGAAUUAUUAAUCUACUUGUUCAUUUACUGUUAAUAUCUGCUUAUUUUCUCUUUCAACAUGUUCUAUCUACACUUCUGUUCAAAUGUAAUAAUCACUUAUUCUUCUGUUUUUUGGAUACUUGACAUUAGUUUUGGAUGAUACCACACAUUUAGGUAUGGAUCCGGUACCAAGUAGUUACAGGAUCAUACAUUGGUCAUAUUCAAAGUCCUCAUGUGUCCAGUUUAUAAACAUAAUAUACAUUUUAAAAAAAACCGAAAAAAGAUUUUGUGACAAUAAAAAAUAUAUCGAUGUUAUCAUGGUA